AUGCAGUGGUCUUUGAGUGUCUCUGAAACACUAAUGGAUACUCGGACAGCCACAGCUGAACUUGGUUGGACAGCAAUCCCAACAUCAGGGUGGGAGGAAGUCAGUGGCUACGAUGAGAACCUCAACACAAUACGUACUUACCAAGUUUGCAACGUCUUUGAACCCAACCAGAACAAUUGGUUACUUACCACCUUCAUAAAUCGACGUGGUGCACACCGUAUUUAUACAGAAAUGCGCUUCACUGUACGGGACUGUAGCAGCCUUCCCAAUGUUCCUGGUUCCUGUAAGGAAACUUUCAACCUAUAUUACUAUGAAACAGACUCUGUUAUUGUCACCAAGAAUUCAGCUUUCUGGACAGAAGCCCCCUACCUCAAGGUGGACACUAUUGCUGCAGAUGAGAGCUUCUCUCAGGUGGACUUUGGUGGCAGGUUAAUGAAGGUGAACACAGAGGUGAGGAGCUUUGGGCCUCUCAAUCGGAAAGGCUUUUACCUGGCCUUUCAGGAUUAUGGGGCAUGCAUGUCAUUGCUAUCUGUAAGGGUCUUCUUUAAGAAAUGCCCAAGCGUGGUGCAAAAUUUUGCCAUCUUCCCAGAGACCAUGACAGGAGCAGAAAGUACUUCCUUAGUGAUUGCACGAGGUACGUGCAUUCCCAAUGCCGAGGAGGUGGAUGUGCCCAUUAAAUUAUACUGCAAUGGUGAUGGGGAAUGGAUGGUUCCCAUUGGCCGCUGUACUUGCAAGGCUGGAUAUGAGCCUGAGAACUAUGUGGCCUGUAAAGGUAAGAUGAUGAUUUGCUGUUAUCUGAUGGCCAUUGCCUUGUCAACUAAAGAGCUGAUUGGAAAUCCCUGA